AUGAGAAAGUUAACGAACCGACCGACCUUACCAAACAUGCAAACCUUUCUCCGAUCCCUCGUCGACAACUCCGACCCCUCCCACCCAAUCGCCGGCGCCAUCUACACCCCCGACCACCCUUCCUUCCUCCCCGUCCUCCACGCACACAUCCACAACCUCCGCUUCUCCACCCCUUCCACCCCCAAACCCUUCCUCAUCCUCACCGCGUCGCACCACUCCCACGUCCAAGCCGCCGUCUCCGCCGCCGCCGCCCACCCCACCACCGUCCACAUGAGGAUCCGCAGCGGCGGCCACGACUACGAGGGCCACUCCUACUCCUCCUCCUCCUUCUCCACCACCCCGUUCUUCAUCCUCGACAUGUGCCACCUCCGCUCCAUCCACGUCGACAUCCGCACCGAGACCGCCUGGGUCCAGUGCGGAGCCACGCUGGGGGAGCUCUUCUCCGCGAUUGCGGAGAAAAGCCCCACCCAUGCCUUCCCCGCGGGUGUCUGCCCCACGGUGGGCGUCGGGGGACACCUCGUCGGGGGCGGGUACGGCAACCUGAUGAGGAAGCACGGUCUGUCCGUGGACAACGUGGUCGACGCGCGCCUCGUGGACGCGCGUGGGGAGAUUCUGGACCGGGAGUCCAUGGGGGAGGAUCUCUUCUGGGCGAUUCGAGGCGGUGGGCCCAGCUUCGGCGUCGUCCUGGCUUACAGGGUGAAGCUGGCCCGCGUGCCGGACACCGUCACCGUGUUCCGCGUGGAGAGGACGCUGGAGGAGAACAUGACGGAGGUCGUGCACACGUGGCAGCAUUUCGCCCCCGCAGCCCACGUGGACCUCUUCGUCAGAGUUUUGGUCGAGGUCGUCAAGAAGACGGUUCGGGCCGCAUUUAUCGGGAUGUUCCUCGGCCGGUCCGACCGGCUGCUGGCCAUGACCCGGGAGAGCUUCCCCGAGCUGGGCCUGACCGAGUCGGACUGCACCGAGUCGAGUUGGAUCGAAACGACGCCGCACUGGGCGGACUUCCCCCGCGGGACGAAGGCGGCGGACGUGGUUCUUCUGAGUCGGCGUCCUCGAAAUCUGGUCCACCUGAAGAGGAAAUCGGACUACGUCCAGCGGCCGAUUGAUAGGCCCGGGCUGGAAGCGAUAUGGAGGAAGAUGAUGGAGGUGGAGGUGGUGAAGAUGGCGUUCAACCCGUACGGCGGGAGGAUGAGCGAGAUAGCGGCGGAAGCGACGCCGUUUCCUCACCGCGCGGGGAACCUGUGGAAGAUCCAGUACCAGGUGAACUGGGACGAAGGAGGGGCGGAGGCGGAGAGGCGACACGUGGCGCUGUGUAGGGAGAUGUACGACUACAUGACGCCGUACGUGUCGCGGAAUCCGAGGGCGUCGUUCCUGAACUACAAGGAUCUUGAUCUCGGGGUCAACGGCGGCGGCGGGGGAGCGGCGGCGGCGGAAGGGUACGGGAGGAGCUACUUUAAGGGGAACUUUGAUAGGUUGGUGAAGAUUAAGAGUAAAGUGGAUCCUCAUAAUUUGUUUAGACAUGAGCAAAGUGUGCCCACGUACUUGUGUAAGCCUAAAUUAUGA